AUGCCUCCGACGUCGUGUCGAGCGUUGGUGAAAGAUUAUUGCUCUAACUGUACAUUCGCUGGCGUUCAUUUCAUAGCUGACGACACAAAGCACUGGUCAGAAAGAUGGUUGUGGUUUCUUCUGGUGGUGCUGUGUUGGUACGGGUCUGCGCUGCUAAUCAUCGCAGCGUGGGACGCCUUCGUCCUCAGCCCCAUCAGCUUCGGAGUGGAGACCACGUACACCGAAUGGAACACCAAGAUGCCUGCCGUGGCGGUCUGCGAGAUCGUGCAAGACAAGCAAUACAAACAAAAGAUUUAUGAUGUGUCUGAUUCAAUUUGGACACCCGAUCAUUUGUUAGACCUGGAAGACGCCUUAGAGGACAUAACAUACUUCCGUGGAUCGUGCCACACCCUCGUGGAUGUAUGCUAUAACACCAAGGAACCUGACUAUCAAUGUCCCAUGUCUAACUACAGCUACUACGCGAACCUCGUCAGAUGCGAAUGCCCACAGUUAUUGAAGCAAUGCUCGUACAAUGGAAAAUUGUUUCCUUGCUGCGAAUACUUCCAGCCUAUAGAUACAGAAAUAGGCCGAUGUUAUAUCAUCAACUCUAUUCAGACUAAAGAACCCAACCCUUAUCCGAUGGUGAGCAAUUUAACAAACAAACGUGGUGUCCUCAGAUUUGAAGUAAUGUUAGGCGCUAUGAUAUACACCUUAGGAGAAGAUGAGGUCCCGACCAUAACAACGUUGCAAUCAUCUACGUUAAAAUUACAGCUAGGACACAUUUUUAAGCGCCAUGUGGCUGUAAAGAAUAUAGAGAACGACCCCCUGGUAACGGAAACGACCCCGGAGCAAAGAGCUUGCUUCUUCCAUCACGAGAACGAAAAGGGGUUGUACCCCCACUACUCUUAUAGUGCGUGCACUGUACUCUGCAGGAAGAAGGCUCAGCUCGACAUUUGUCAGUGCAACGAUCAUUUCAUGCUGGGGACUUCGGAGGCCGAGCGCUGUAACAUCUCAGGAAUGGCGUGUCUGAAUGCUAAUAGCAACAACCUGACCACGCUGAAGCCACGAUGGGCAACUCGUCCUGGUAUGGUCUGCGAUUGUACACCCUCUUGCACCGAAACAGAGAUCACCGUCAUCAAAGAUGUUCAGACGUCGGGAUCACAUAACAGCAAAAAGGCGAUUGUUCACGUAAUACUGGCACGUAUGUCCACGGAACGUUUCAAACGUAACGUAGUACGUAGUCGACUAGAUUUAGUCGUAUCCCUCGGCGGGACAACAGGACUCUUCCUCGGUGCGAGUCUGCUAAGCUUCGUGGAAUUCAUAGUGUAUUUCACGGUACGUUUCACCAGUAACAUACUGAUAGAGCAAAGGAAAAACCAAAACGUCAAACCUAAACACAAACGUGCAGUUAGAUUUUAAAGCAAAAUUACUUUGGCUGCUACACCACUAGUUAAAGUAAAGAAGUCGUGCAGUGGAAUCAGAGAUUACCUACGCACUCUUUGUAUUAUUCAUUUUCAAAUCUAUUCUUCCUUCUGCUUUGGAACAGUAAGUACUUACUUUCUUUGAAACAAAUCACUUUACAAAAGGAAACAACGACAGACAAUGUAUUUGUUGUUUUCACCUACAUUUGCUUAUUACGUAGCAUCCACAGCGCAAUCCCCCAAAUAUGUUCUUAAAAUGCAAUU